AAUUAAAAAGAGAAAAAAAUAUGUUUCUAUGUCUUCUCUUUCCAAUGUCACUUCAUCCAUGAAAAUCUAAAAAGGCCAUGUAUGCUUUCGAUUUAUCCGAGUCUUUCUGUCAUCUGAUUCAUGUAUAGCUACUAAUCUGAAUGAUCUGAAGUAACUCGUUUGAUUUGGCAAAUCAACCUCAACAUUCGUUAAGGCUAAAAAGUCAAUGGUUGUGGGGAUACCUUUCCUUGUCCUAUUUGCAUCCACUUUGAGUUUAGCUUUUCUACUCUCAAAAUGGCUCUCAAAAAGUCAAACAAAAAAUGUUCCAAAAGGGUCUCUGGGGUACCCUAUCAUCGGAGAGACACUUAGUUUUCUUAAAGCACAGAGACAAGACAAGGGUUCUGAUUGGUUGGAGGAACGGAUAUCUAAGUAUGGUCCUGUCUUCAAAACCUCUUUAAUGGGGUCCCCUACAGUGUUUGUUAUUGGACAAGCAGGAAAUAAAUUUGUCCUUGGUUCACCACAAGAUGUGCUUUCUGCUAAGAAACCACUCACCCUACAAAAGAUACUUGGAAGGCAAAGCUUAGUUGAACUUACAGGACCCAGGUACAAGUUAGUCAAAGGGGAAAUGAUCAAAUUCUUGAAACCUGAAUGCCUCCAGAACUAUGUCAAAAAGAUGGAUGAAUUGGUGAGUGCUACAUUACUGAGAGAAUUCAGAGAGAAUGAAGCAAUGGGAGUUGUGGUCUUCAUGAAGAAACUUUCCUAUGAUAUAGCAUGCAAUAUAUUGUUUGACAUCAAGGAUGAGUACACAAGGGAGGCUUUGUUUGAAGAUUUUACUUUAGCAUUCAAAGCAAUUCAUUCUCUUCCCAUCAAUUUCCCUGGUACCACAUUUUGGAAAGGCCAAAGGGCCAGGGCAAGAAUUGUUGAUAGGAUGCUUCCUAUUAUGAACAGAAGAAGGGAGGAACUGUCAAAGGGAGUUCUAAGCUCUACUAAUGACAUGCUUUCUUGUCUGCUUGCACUGAGGGAUGAAAAUCACCAACCUCUAGCUGAUGAUUUAAUUACUGACAACUUUAUUUUCUUGUUUGUUGCUAGUCAUGACACAUCUGCCACUCUUAUGAGCUUGAUGAUAUGGAAGUUAUCUAGAGAUCCAGAGGUUUACAAUAAAGUUUUAGAAGAACAAAUGGAAAUUAUAAAGCAAAGGGAAGGAAAAGAAGAGAGGUUAACAUGGGCAGAGUUACAAAAGAUGAAAUACACAUGGAGAGUUGCUCAGGAAUUGAUGAGGAUGAUCCCUCCCUUGUUUGGCAGCUUUAGGAAGGCACUUAAAGAUACUAACUACGAAGGAUAUGACAUACCAAAAGGGUGGCAGGUGUAUUGGGCAGCAUAUGGAACACAUAUGAAGGAUGAUAUAUUUGAGGAUCCACACAAGUUUGAUCCAUCUCGUUUUGAGAAUCCACCCAAGCCAAUUCCACCUUUUUCUUACCUUCCAUUUGGUGCAGGGAUUCAUUAUUGCAUAGGAAACGAGUUUGCUAGGAUUGAGACCUUGACCACUAUUCACAACUUUGUAAAAUUGUAUGAAUGGUCUCAAGUAAGCCCAGAGGAAGCAAUUACUCGUCAACCAAUGCCAUAUCCAUCCAUGGGUCUCCCAAUUAAGAUCAAACCCAGAUGUAGCAUGUCUUAAACUUCUUGUUAUUGCUAUUAUUCUCUCUUGUAUAUUCUUGAUAUAUAGCUCUUUCUUGUAUUUAUUUCUAUCCAUAAAAAUCAAUCUUGGUACGAAAGAUUGACACAUAUUGUUUCAACUAAUUGAGUUAAACUCAUGUAACUCUCGGACACAGACAAAUCUAGAGGAGAGCAGACAGGAUCUUUACCCUGUUCCCAUAGGAAUUUUU